AUGUUGUCACGGAUAGCCGCCCUACUGCUCUCAGGAGUCGCAGUCCUGCAUGCGCAAGCCCAAACUGCCGCCGUUCCUGCAGAGCUCGUCGGCACAUGGACAAGCAAGUCGAAUUCGACCAUGACCGGACCUGACUUCUACGACCCCGUCAACGAGAAAUUCACCGAGCCCAAGCACACCGGCAUCAGCUACUCCUUUACCGCGGACGGCCAUUUUGAAUCGGCAUACUACCGCGCAAUCGCAAAUCCCACCAAUCCCAAAUGCCCCCAGGGCAUAAUCCAAUGGCAACACGGAAGCUACGAGAAAACGGCACAGGGCGGCCUCGUCCUCAAGCCCAUCAAGGUGGACGGCAGACAACUAUACUCCGACCCGUGCCAGUACAAGACCGCCGUCUACACACGAUACAACGCGACCGAGAAGUUCAAGACAUACGAAUACGUCGCCUCAGACCAGUACCACGUAGGCACCCCGCGCAUCACGCUCUUCAAGUCCGACGGCGCCCCGAUGAUGCCUCUCUACCUCGCCAUGAAGUCACCCAAGAUGCUCCCCACCACGACACUCAACCCCCUCGUUACCCAAACCGCCGCAUCCAAGAACUCCAAGCGCGGCGAACUACCCAUGAACCACGAAGUCAUCUACGCGCGAACAACCGGUGCCGUCAGGGCCGACCAAUGGUGGUGGUUCGGCGUUUUCAUGACUGCUGGUGGAGGAUUCCUUUACUACUUCUUCUAG